UUGAGUGCGGCUGCGCGCUUCUCAAUGCUUUCGCCGUUGCUGACGCGACUCGGCACGAAAAAAGAGAGUGUGAACCCUUUGGCAGUGCCUAACGAUUCGGCUGAAAGUAAACAGAUCGCACGACGUGAGUGAAGUAUUAUUUGGGAGCCUACGAUAGUAAUUCAGCGACAAUCUUAACCAGCGAGUAACCAACCUCUCCCGUAUGUGAUCGCCCUUCCUCCUCGUCGGAGUCGGACGCUGCCAACGAGGGCCAAGGAACUAAAUAGCAUAUCGCCAUUAUAUGAUCCAGUAUCCAGCGUCACUUUUACCCUCCAUGUGGGUGAGGGAACUGUGUGUAUCAGAUUAUGGCGAGAAAAACAGUUAGCAGGAAAAGGAAGGCAGGAGAGCCCAAGGACCAACAACAGCUGGGCUGGUGUCAGGCACCACACAAGCGGAGCCGUGUUUCUUGUUCAUCACGUCAUGCCCAGCAGUGGUGGUGCAGUCGGCGCUCAGUGGUAUGUGCCCUACGGGGGCGGGAGUUCAGGCCUCAGCAGCAGCACGAGUUGCGGCUCCAGCGGAGCCUGCGGGGCUUUGCGGCCGGCAGGCUCCCUGGCAUCCUCAAAGAGAGGGAGUUCUCACUGGGGCGACUCAACAAGGUGUUUGCUUCACAGUGGCUCAACCACAGGCAGGUGGUGUGUGGGACCAAGUGCAACACGCUUUUUGUAGCUGAUGUCCUGACGGGACAGAUAACACGCAUUCCCAUGCUGAAGGACAGGGAGUGUCACGGUGGAGGCUCUGGGGUGGUGGGUGCAGUGGUGGCGGGGCGGCAGUACCACUCCACAGCUGGCUCUCGUUCCCGGAUGGACCAGCAGGGCUGCGGGAUCCACGCUAUUGAACUCAACCCCUCUAGGACGCUGCUAGCUACCGGAGGAGACAACCCCAACAGCCUGGCCAUUUACCAGCUGCCCACACUGGACCCUGUUUGUGUUGGAGAUGACGGUCACAAUGACUGGAUCUUCUCCAUAGCAUGGAUCAGUGACAACAUGGCAGUUUCUGGGUCCAGAGAUGGCUCCAUGGGCCUGUGGGAGGUGACAGAGGAAGUAAUGAGCCAGGCAGAGCGCAGUCAGAACGAGGAGUCUGUACCCUCCUACGCACACAUCUCUCACCGUGCCCUCAAGGACAUCCCAAAGGAGUACACCAACCCAUACAACUGUAAAGUCCGUGCUCUGGCCUUCAACAACAACCAUAAAGAACUGGGUGCUGUGUCGUUGGACGGCUAUUUCCACCUCUGGAAAGCUGAACACAACUUGUGCAAGAUACUGUCCACCAAGCUGCCUCACUGCAAAGAGAAUGUGUGUCUGGCAUAUGGACAGGACUGGUCAGUCUACGCCGUCGGUUCUCAGGCCCAUGUUUCCUUUCUGGACCCGCGGCAGCCUACACACAGCAUCAAGUCCGUCAAUUCCAGAGAGAGAGGAAGUGGGAUCCGAUCAGUGAGUUUCUACGAGCACAUUGUGACAGUGGGCACCGGCCAGGGUUCUCUUCUCUUCUACGACAUCCGUGCCCAGAGAUUCCUGGAGAGUCUUUUGAAUCCAGCCGGGGGGUACCGGAAGUGCCCAGGAGAUGGCAUCCUUAAGCUUACUACAGGGAAAGGCUGGCUGAAUCAUGACGAGACGUGGAGGAGUUACUUCUCUGACAUUCAUUCCUUCCCCAACGCGGUGUACACCCACUGCUACGACGACUCCGGCACCAAGCUGUUUGUAGCAGGUGGACCGCUCUGUUCUGGCCUGCACGGCAACUACGCAGGACUGUGGAGCUAGCCUCUCCGUCUCCUGCUCUAUCACUACAUCCACGUCCACAUUUUUACUUAACCAGUCCCUCCGUCCCUCUCCCUCUUCAAGUCUGUUGACAUCACUGUCUCUGGUAUCCCUCUUGCUCAUUGGAUUGUCACUCUGUUUUGCUCACACGUGGACUCAGGAGCAUGAUCUUGCCCCCACCGUAUCACGGCUUUCAAUAUUAUUGCUGUGUAUGUUUGUGUCUACCAUUACACUAUUCCUUCUCCUUCAAUUAUUCCUUUGCUCCUUCCACCUCAGCUACUCAGUUUUUUAUAUGAAAAUGUACAAACUAUUAAUAACAAGUAAUUUUCUCAAGAGCUGCGAUGUCUGCCAGUAAGGAACUGAAUUUUGAGAAACAUAAACAAUAAAGUAAUACAUUUUUUCAUCAUCAUUUAAAACAUUUACAUCCAAUCCGCAGGGAUUAGGCUAUGGUCUUUUGCUGGCUUGUUUUUGUAUGUAAGGAUAGUGUUUACUGCUGCUUUCUCUGUGAUAAAUGACAGUGUCUUUGUGAAAUACCUGUGGAGUUUUCUCCCAAAAGUUCCUUUUCAUUCUCUCACUGAAAUGGACGGCAAUAAAGAGAGAGGGAGAGAGGAAGAAGGACUGAAGAGACAAUACAUUUUGAAGGACUGAGCCGGACUGCAGUUUGACGUUUGAUAGAGAAUAUUUACUGGUUGGAACAGCCCGUCCUUUCCCGCAACAAUCACAUAGAACGUCUCUCUUCUGUCGGAACUAAAAUGAAGAAGCCAAUCGUUAUGGGACACGGUGUUCGUAUUUUUCUCACUGAGAUGACGUAGGGGAGAAACAAUAAGAUUGCUAAAUGCAGUGUUCUGCUAUGAAUUAAUCCCAACAAAUGCGUAUUUUAUUUUUUGACUCUGUGUGAUUUGACAGACAUACCCCUGCUGAUAUUCUAACUAGCUUUAUUUGUAUUUAUUUUCCCCUUUCUGUCACCUUUGUUCCGUUGGUCGGGAGUCUUUAUACCUGCUUCUUUUGAAAGACUUAUUGUCUUUUUGCCCUUUGCUCAUGUUCCUGUUCUCUUAGGCCAGAAUGCUUUCAGCACAUUUGAACAUUGCCGGUGUUCAAAUCAUGAUCUGUAACCAUUCUGGCAUUGCUCGAGAAUUGACCCUAAAACUUAGGAGCGAGUUAAGCACAUCAGAUAUGAUGAUUGAUAGGUGAACCUUUAAUUACUGGAUUGAAUCCUCCCUCCUUGAUUCUGGGACUCCUCCACGAAAACUAGGGAGAAGAUCUGUAGUAGCUCACUUCGAUCUUCUCAGCCAUCCAGCAAGAAUAAUGCAAAGAGAACUAAUGAGAAUUUCUGGACUCUACCCUGGAGUGUGAUGCUGCAAGCACAUAAAUUUGUUAUCACAGUUGUAAAACAUUUUUUUUUUCUCCUUUUUGUUGUACCAAGGACUGAGUGAUUCUGCUCUUUUCCUUGUUUAGCAGAACCAGGGUGGGCUUGAGUUGCGUUUUUGCCUUCCUCAAGUCUUUCUGUGAAAGACUAUCACAGGUGAUCAUAGUUUUCCUUUUCUACAGUUUUCAUGAUAAUGACAGAUUGAAAAGAGAAACCCAAAUUACGACCACAAAUUGAACAAAUAACCAACACUUUUGAAGUGUUUUUUAUAUAUAAAUGUGUAUAUGUAUGUGUAAAAUACAUAGGGACACUUGCAUACAUUUUUAUGUAUAUGUCUGAGGAAGUGUGUGGAUUGAUCUGUCUACUUGGUGAUGCCCUGUUUUUUUUAUACAUGCCUCAUGAAUGUUUUUACAAAUGACUGAAUCUGAGGUUAUUGUAAGAUAUAAACAUCUGAAAAAAACAAGCUAUGAAAUCUUUAAAAAGAGUAAAUAAUAAAAAUAAAAUGUAUAUUG